AUAUAUAAGGGUGCCAAGCCUGAUCAGGAUGGCAAAGAAGGGCUAAGGCAAAACAUUCUUCUGUAUAUUUGGUGAAGAUGUUUCUCCCAAUUCUCUGCAUCUUUUCCCUUAUCUUAUCAUCUCAUGCUGCAGUGCAGGACUUCUGCGUCGGGGACCUUGCAGCCCCAGAGGGGCCUGCAGGCUACUCUUGCAAGAAGCCUGCAAAGGUUACUGUUGAUGAUUUUGUUUUCUCCGGCCUAGGCAUGGCAGGGAACACCUCAAAUCUUAUCAAAGCUGCUGUGACUCCGGCUUUUGCUCCUCAGUUUCCUGGCUUGAACGGUCUUGGCUUGUCCAUAGCACGCCUGGACCUGGCUGUAGGAGGGGUUGUGCCAAUGCACACACACCCUGGAGGCUCAGAAGUCCUGCUUGUUACGCAGGGGUCAAUCUGUGCUGGGUUCAUUUCCUCAGCCAAUGCUGUCUACUUCAAAACUCUUAAGAAGGGUGACAUUAUGAUUUUUCCUCAAGGACUACUGCAUUUUCAAGUGAAUGGGGGUGGGAUACCAUCCACCGCCUUUGUUAGCUUCAGCAGCCCACAGCCUGGUCUCCAGAUCCUUGAUUACGCUCUGUUUGCAAACGAUUUGCCAACUGAACUGGUGGUGCAGACCACUUUCCUUGACGCAGCUGUGGUGAAGAAGCUUAAGGCUGUUCUUGGUGGUACUAAUUAAGGUCACUGGAGACCGGCGCUGCCUCAUUUCUUCCAUCAUUACUCAUCUGUUGUUUCUCCUUCCUAGUAUCUUUCCUGUGGUUGAGCUGGUCUCUACUCAUAGGAUUCUUUGAGUCAGUUUAGUGUUUCCUUUCUGUACUGGUUUCUAUGUCAAGUAUGUGAACCUAAUGAUUGUUGCAUGCAUUCCAGCUCGUAAAAAACAGCAUUUUUUCAAAGACAAAUGCAAUUCUCUUUUCUGAGUCCCAUCAAAUUAGAACCA